CGGCCACAAAACGAAACGGAUAAAGCGAUCGCGGCGAGAGAAGGGAGGAACCUGCGACCAUGGCACUGCUCUCCUCGGCCGCCGCUCCACCCAUUUUCCCUUCUUGAUCCGGAGCCAUCUUCCGAACACUUCUCCUCCUGUCUCUCUCAACUUCACAGGAGAUGCUUCGCGCCAAACCCUCUUCUUGUCCUCGGAGGAGACUGGUACUCACCGGACGCCCCAUGGUCUUCGCGUGGAUUCCCGAUCCACCGACUCCCACCUAUGCGAGCAAGAAAGGUUGAAAUUUGUGAUGGCCUGGGGUCGGGUGCGGCGGGGCGCUGGGGGAGAGCGAUUUCGCGUGUUGCCACAAGAAAGGUUGAAAUUUAACUGGUGGGGUUCUCUCUCCUUGGGGGAAGCUGUAUCGGACGACGAGCUGUGGGCCGCCGUACGCCUCCGGGUUCGCACCUUCUAUAAGUUCAAUGAGUCCUUUGGUAUCGACGUGAGAAUCAUAAACAAGCAGCUCAAUUUGCUGGAUCUUCUCAUAUAUGAAAUGCUGUAAAAAAAAUUGCUUUUGAUCGAUUUGCUCUUAUGGUAUUCAGUAUCAUAUUGAUGGUUUUUGUUCAUUUUCAAGUUCUGUUAGGAUUACAAGACGUAUGUUACAAAAGGGAAUUCGAUGGUUUGCGAGAUCACAUUGCUGGAAGAACUCCAGGAUACAAUGCAGUUGCUUGUAUAAAUGGCACACUCCCAGUCUCCACAUUUAGUGGUUAUGCAGAAGAACUCUGCUCUCUAUGUAAGUUUUUGCGCAAUGGAGAAGAACAUGUAGUUGUGGGAACCUUGGAUGUAAAUUGGUGCCUCCAAUUGCCUGAUAAAUUGACAGGAAUUAAGCCCAAGGGAAUUGGAGUUGACCUCAUGAGGGCAUAUAUAAGUAAUGUAUGCGUUGCUGAGGAGCAGCAAAGAAAUGGUUUGGGCUAUGCAUUAAUUUCCGAAUCCAAGCAAGUUGCUCUCUCUUGGGGCAUAACUGAUCUAUAUGUUCAUGUUGUGGCCGGCAAUGAAGGAGCGAGAAAGUUAUACGAUAAGAGUGGUUUUGUUUACGAAAGCGAAGAGCCUGCUUGGCGAGCAAGAUUUCUCGGAAUGCCCUGAAGAUAUUUGUUUUGGGCUAAUUUAGAUAAACCAUGUACUUUAGUAGAUUUUAUAAGCUAUUAAGCUGGUCUGUGUUUGUAACUUGCAUUUGUAUGUAUAAUUUUUCUUUCUUUUGUUUACACAAUAAUGUUCAUUGUACUCUCAUUUAUAAAC